AUGGAAGAUCCAAAGUUAGAAAAACAAUUCAAAAGUCAUCGAAAUACUGUUACAUCUCUUAGUUUUGCACCGAAUACAAAACAACUCGCAUCGGGCGGUUUAGAUUCAUGUCUUUAUCUUUGGCCAUUUAAAUCUCAAGUUCGAGCUUAUCGUUUUGUUGGUCAUAAUGAUGCUGUUCAUUCGGUAUGUUUUUCUCCAUCGGGUCAUCUGAUAGCAUCCGGUUCAAAAGAUAAAAAAGUUCGUUUAUGGAUUCCAAGUGUAAAAGGUGAAUCAACUGUUUUCAAAGCUCAUACCGCAGCUGUACGAUGUGUUGAUUUUUCCAAUGAUGGUCAAAGUUUAUUAAGUUCAUCUGAAGAUAAAACUAUUAAAAUUUGGACUGUUCAUCGACAAAAAUUUCAAUUUUCACUCAAUCAACAUUCGAAUUGGGUUCGUUGUGCAAAAUUCUCACCAGAUGGAAGAUUAAUUAUUAGCUGUAGUGAUGAUAAAACAGUUAAAAUAUGGGAUCGAAAUACAAAUGAAUGUAUGCAUACAUUCUAUGAACCACAUGGAUUUCUUAAUGAUAUUGCUUUUCAUCCAAGUGGCACUUGUAUUGGUGGAGGUUGUACAGAUGCAAGUGUUAAAAUUUGGGAUAUACGAACAAGAAAAUUAAUUCAACAUUAUGCAAAUCAUGUUGCAUCAGUAAAUAGUGUUGCUUUUCAUCCAAAUGGAAAUUUUCUUUUAUCAGCAUCUAGUGAUGCAACUUUAAAAGUAUUUGAUUUACUUGAUGACCAUGGACCUGCAAUGAGUGUUGCUUUUUCAAAACAAGGAGAUUAUUUUGCAUCAGGCGGUCAAGAUCAACAAGUACUUGUUUGGAAAACUAAUUUCGAUAUUAUUUCUUCACCUAUCGAGUCGACUACUAAUAAAUAUGCAAAUAGUAGUGAUUAUAGUACAAGAUCACGUAUUUCAUCUGGGAAUUUACAACAAAAUAAAACACACAUAGCAACAUUACAGGAAAAACCUCAAUUAGAAACAAGCGAUGAAAGACAAGCACGAAAAAUUGAUGUCUUUAGUGAAAAAUCUAUUAUGCGUAUGUUCAAUGAUGAUGAUCAAUUGAAAAUAACUAAUAUUGGACCAGCUUAUGAAAAUGGCAUUGCUCGAUCGAAUAGUGCUUCAGCUGGUCUGAUAAAUUCAGCUAGAAUGCCAAAUCGAAAUACUCGUUCAACAUAUGAUAUUGAACAGAAUAAUACUCAACAAUCCUAUCCACCUCAAUUAGCUAAUACACUUGAUCAUAUUGUUCAACAAUUGGAUAUAUUAACAAAAACAGUAUCUAUACUUGAAACAAGAUUAACAAUGACUGAAAGUAAAAUACAAGAGAUCAAUAAUGAAGAACAUAAUAGAAAAUAA